UAGAGUCAAGAAUAUUCUAUUACGAUCAAACUGCAUUCUUGAAUCACUCGGUUGUGCUAAAACCAACAGAAAUGACAAUUCGAGCAGAUUUGGAAAGUAUAUGCAUAUCAACUUCAAUUAUGGAGGUGAUCCCAUUGGAGGAAACAUUUCCAACUAUCUUUUGGAAAAGUCUCGUGUUGUAAGACAGCAGAUAGGCGAGCGUAAUUUCCAUUCUUUCUACCAUCUUUUGCGUGGAAUUGAUGAGGGGAAGUUAAGAAAGUUUGGUUUGGAAAGGAAUCCGAAGAAGUACUUUUAUUUGAACCAAGGAGAUAGCGACAAGGUUUCAUCCAUCGAUGAUGCUCGAGACUUCAAAGAAGUUCAAAGCUCAUUGAAGACAACUGGUUUCAGUGAAUCCGAAAUUGAAGGGGUAGGUUAUGCAACGAAGCUUUGGUCCAUAAUUGCUGGCAUUAUCCAUCUGGGCAAUCUGAACUUUGUCGAUUCUCAAUCAGCCAGUGGCGACUGUCAUGUGACCAAUAAAGAUGUUCUGCAAGAUGCCGCGAAUUGCCUGUCCGUCACCCCUCAGCAAUUACAUGGAGCCCUCACCUCUCAGGUGAUCGCCGCUCGUGAGGAUGUUGUGGCGAAAACUCACGACGUAAAUGCAGCUUUCUAUACCCGUGAUGCAUUAGCUAAG